AUGCCUAAUAACUAUAUUAUCCAUGAUAAUAUCAUUGAUAUACUGAUAAAACUUCCUGUGAAAUCACUUAUACGGUUUAAGCUCGUUUGCAAAUUAUGGCGUUCAGUAAUUGAAGAUGGCCAAUUCAUCAAUCUUCAUCAUGAUCAAUGCAAAAGUGAUUAUAAAAAUUGUCAAAAUCAAAAAAUUUGUCUGGCUUGUUAUGGGAUGGAAACGAAACAAAUAUGCCACUACUCCAUGGACGUCCCUUAUUCACUUCAAUGUGAUUCUGUUGUCUCUCUUCUUGAGCCUCCUACAACAGUUCAAUGUGCUAGAGUAAACGUAUACGUGGAUUCUUGCAGUGGGUUAUUUGUUCUAUCUUUCUCUGCUUACAAUGUUGUCCUGUGGAACCCGGCCAUCAGAGAAUCAAGAACAAUCCCUAGUCCAAUCUCCAUUCAUGGUAAGGAUCAGAUAUGGGUUCGUUAUGGUUUAGGAUACGACAAUUCUUCAGACGAUUACAUAAUAGUUAGAGUAGGAUUAAUAUAUCAUCCAGAUCCAGAUGGCCAUAAUGUUCAAAUAUUUUCGACCAAGAGUGACUCGUGGAAAUUGAUUAAUGAGAAGCUACCCGUAACCUAUGAAAUUCAGGGAAAUAUAGUUGUAGCUGAUCAUGGAAUUGUUUAUAUGAUCAUAAAGGAGUCAAGCGACAACAAAUUUAUUUUAGCUCUGUGUUUGAAGAAUGAAAAGUUUGAAGAAAUAUUAUUUCAAGGUCGUCGGGACCUAAUAAUGGAACAACCAAAUUUGUUCACUGUUGGAGAAUGCCUUUGUUUAGCAAAGUUUUGUUCGCCCAUUAUUAAUGAGUUGGCCAAUUUCGAAGUUUGGCGUAUGACAAAGAAUGGAACCUUGAGCUAUUCGUGGAGUAAACUAUUUGCAAUUACAGUGCCAGUGCCAGAUGAUGAACGGGUUAUGACCAAAUAUCAUGUCCGUCCUGUGAGCUUUAUGAAGGAUGGAGGCAUGUUGUUUCGGAGAAGUAGAGAUGAAUUAGUAGUUUACGAUUCAAAAACACAAAAGUUUGAACAAGUUAAAAUUGCUGGGCUUGAAGUCGCAUCACCUUUCCUCUAUCGUGGUUUAACAUAUGUCGAGACUUUAAUCUCUCCUAAUGCUCUGUAG